AUGGCAUCUCCGCCUCGGCGCUCACGAAAGCAUCGCGCCGCUGCGCCGACCAAAUUUACCGUCCCAGGCUCCGACGAUGAUUUCUGUCCGGAGCCUUCCAAGAAAGCCUCGGCCCCCAAGGUCUCCUCGGCCUCCAAGGCGAAAGCAAACCCAGCCAACUUGACCCGUUCAAGCUCCAGCGAUGAUGUCCCUCUCAUGGCUCGCAAGAAAGCCAGAGCCGCCCAGAAUGCUGCAGCCCGCCGAGCCGCUCAGAGGGACGAAGACGCAGGGUACGAGAGUUCCGGCUCGAACUCAUCCAUUCCUGCAGUCGCUUCCGAUAAAAGCACCAGGUUGGCGGACCAAGUUUCUCCAACCGGCAAGCGAGGUGCGCCCAAGGAGCACACCGAUUCUCCUGUCAAGAAGCAGCGGAUCGUUUUCAAGAAAAAGAACAGGUCUUCCGAUGGUACAUCGUCCUCGUCCCCAACGUCUCCCACUGAGCCAGUGGCUUCGUCCAACUUGGCGACUCGAUCAACGGAAACCACACCCGCAACCUCGCUAGCUCCCUCUCAGCCAUCGAUCAACAGAGAGACAGAAGCUGCUUCGUUGAUUACUGUCCCUCACGAAGCAACCACUCUUCAACCAGCAGACUAUCAUCCAGCAGCUCUCCAUCCAGCAGCCCUCCAUCCAGCAGCCCUCCAUCCAGCUGAAGCCAGUCUCCAGCAAUUUAGCGAACAACUUGCUCACAUGCGCAACGAUGCCGAUGCCAUCCAGAAGAGUAUGCAGGGCGUCUUGGAUGCUCAGGCUAUGCAAGCAAAGGUCACUGCCCUCGAGACCCAGUUGGCAACACUCAGCGCCCAAAGUGCACAAGAGGCUGGGGGUGAUCUUGUCGAGUUAAACAAGGCCCUCGAUGCUAGCCGAGCUAGAGAAAAGAAGCUCUCUGACUCUUUCGAAACCCUCAAGGCUGAGAACAAGGAACAGAAGGAAUAUAUCGAAGACCUAAAGAGUGACGUUAACGCACUGAACGAUGAACUAGAGAAGGGCUCCGACUUUCCUUAUGACAAGAUCUCGGACGAUAAGAUUGGGGAUGAGUGGCUUCAACUUGCCCAUGAGAUUCAGAACUUCACCCUCCAAGUCCUCACCAGGGAUCCAACCCGUGUCGCAGCUCCUCCAGGAGCCAACUCGGUCCAGGUCAACGCGCUCAGACUCAAGCGCAAGCAAGACCCGGAACUGGUCAACUUUCACUUCCAGAAGCACAUUUGGGAUCGUAUCAACAACGAGGUAUUUCAGGCGGGAUCCAACGUUUGGGGUGGUCGCGGCGGGAAAGCCUUCAAUCGCCUCUGCAUCGACGUCGCAGGGAGUGAUGCCGAGGAAAUGAAGAACUUUAGCCCGUUGAAGGCGCAGACAGCCAACGUUCUACGCUCUACACACGAUGACGAAAACAAAGUCCAGGUGGCCAAGCUUGUGAAUGGUCUCAAGGCUGACCUAUUCGUCUUCACGAACCCCGAGAUGACCAAGACGUUGGAGCAUCGCUUGAAGAAAAUCGUUCAUCGAGCUUGGCGCCUCAACAUAAUCUUCAUAGCAUCGAGGGCUUUCUUCCUUCCGAUGGGUGUGCAGGACCAAUACCAGGAUGAUAAUGUCGACAUCCGAUACACCAGAGGAAACACGGAGAACACUGAGCUUGAGCUCCAGGUCUCACCACAGAUCGUCAAGUAUGGGGAAGCAGAUGGGUUCAACUUUGAAAGCUGUAUCAUCGUCUGCAAGGCUAUCGUCACCAUGUGUGAGGUGAAGCAGCGGGGUGGGAAGCGCAGUAAGGAGUAA